AAACUAAUUGUAUUUUUGUUAUCCAUACAGAUCAGCAACUAUGAAGGUUCUUGUUGUUCUCACUAUUGCCCUCGUUUUAUCUGGAGCUAACGCUGGCUUUUUGGACCAAUUCCAGACAACCCUCAAGGGAAUCGGCGAAACCUUGAAAAAUGUCUACGCUGGAGUAGCUCCACUUUUGAGCACUGCUGCUGGUAAACUGGUUGAAGAGCUUAAAACUACUGGAAGUCAGAUCUUAGCCCAGGGUGCUCAAGCUCUAUUGGGAAGUCUAGGUGGUCAGACAACAACACCAUCAGUGGGCACACGAGAUCUUGGUUUGAUGAGCAAAAUCCAGGAAUUCAUUCAAAAUGGAGAAAGUAAAGUGCACGAAGUAGCAAGCACCAUCGGAACUCUCUUCCAAGGUGCCUUAAGCAAAAUCACCGGACUUGCCAGUCAAUUUGGAAAUUUGGAUAUCCUUAAAAACCCAUUGGAGGUAUUCAAGAACGCCGUUGAUCAAGUCGUUUCAAGCCACAACCUUCUCCAGAGCUCCAUCCUUAAACAAUUGAUUGAACAACCAGCUAAAUUGUUGUCAAGUGCCGCUCAAAAUCUGAUUGGUGAUUUGUCCCACCACAAGAGAAGUGGUAUCUCCGACUUACUCUCAAGUAUUGGACUUCAAUUGGCUGCCACCUUCAAGCCAGUCAUUGACACCGUCAACACGCACAUCACUAAUUUGGGAUCAACUUUGAAAAACGCCGGCACCGCUCUUUUCGGAGCCGUCAAGCCCACCAUUGAUGCUUUGACUGGAAAACUCACCAAUCACGUCAACAACUUAAAACAAGUCGGAACUGAACUUUUAGGACAUGGAAAGGAUGCCCUCAGUGCUCUCACUGAUGCUGUUACUGAUAUUCUUGGACAAACCUUCCACAACGCCCAGCCCACCAUCCAAAAAGCCAUUGAUACCGCCAAACAAGCCGGCAAGGAUACCAUUGGUACCCUUUUGGGAGGAGGAAACUAAAUGUUUUAAAGUAGAAUAAUAAAAUAUUUAUUUAAAUAUUUCAAAA